UUUUUUGUCAUCAAUAUAUUUCCGAAUAUCGUCGAAAAAAAAAAUAUGAGAGAAGCAAUAGGUUUAAUCAUGUAUCUCUCGUAAGUCCCGCUUAAUUAAUUUGGAGAGCGAGCACAAUGCGUGUAUCUCGUUUGCAAAAUCGAUUACUCGCGCAUUUGCAUUACAACGCGCCGUGAAAACAGCGUUGCAAUUUUAAUCACGCGAAAAGGCGAUGCCGAUCGAUAGGCAUGUAUAUAGUUAAUCUACAACCCGAAUAGACUAUCUUGGAAGUGUGUACCGCCAUCUGCUAUGUAUAUAUACAUGUGUGUGUGAGAGCGCAUCUUUGUCGCGAGAUAGGGGACGCGGAGCGAAGGAGUUCGCACGGAACAGAGACGCAUUUAUUCGAGGUAACGCGCUCCGAAAACUAUCGUUGACAAACAGUCUCGGUGAUCCCGAUAAGAAAUCGCGCGUCACGGCAAAUUCACGGCAAUUUGCGGCGCAGAAGUAUCCAUCCGCGAUAUCGCGACGCGCGCUUCGUUUCAGAGCGAGAGAGAAGGAGAGAAGAGAGAAGGAGAAAAGAUGCGCCCGCAGCAUGGCGAGACGCUCAGGCGCCUGCGUGGCCAGGUGACGUCAUUGGCGAACCGGGCAGCUCGCCGUCUACCAGACACUCAGUCUCGCCACGGCGCUCGAGGAGAUUAUAUGCGUUAUUUCUUUAUCGUGCUUUGCACCAAUCGGUCGCGCAAGCUGACGCCCGCGCUGAUCUCGACGAUGAGAUCGAGAUUCGCCCUAUCUGAGAUUCUCGUCGACAAGAAGAAGAAUUGAAAUUUGAAGACGAGUGCGAACGAGUAAAGGUAUUAAACCGCCGGUCGUUCACCCGAUGAUAAAACCUAUUAUAUACACGCGACUCCCGUGAGAUAUUCUCUUAUGCAAGAACUGUGGGACAGAUGAGUCGUUGAGCGGAAAAACGGUGUCGAGUCGGGCAGAAGAAAGUCUCUCUAUACAUCUGGGAAAUCAUUUUUCUCGUCGGAGCCGGAGUCGGGUACGGGAAAGUAGAACUAGUGAAAAUAGACACACGUCGUGCCGAUAUCGCGCGAGCGCGAUUGGUCGUUCGAUACACACACGUGCGGCUAACUUCAGACCAUUCGAACUUAAUCGUGCGUUUCGCGGAGUGAUGCGCGAGUGAGACAGAGAAGCUCUUCGUCUUUUCGUUUCGGAUGUGGCAGUCGUCGUUCGAUUCGCGAUUCGAUACAUUAAUAUGAGCUCUGCUGCGAAUAAUAAUAUUAUGAGAGGAUGAGCUGCUCGGUGAAGAUCUCUUGCGGCAAGAGCUGGAACGGCUCGCAGCGCAGGAUCAGCUCCCUGGCGGAGGAGACGACGACGUGUCCUUCGAAUGUCCCCGCCGGCUGCGCUGUCAGCCAUCAGCCGACGUCGUCGACGUCGAGCUCGACGACCACGACCAACACGACCACCACUGUAACCGUAGCCUUCAACAACCCUGUCAUCGCCACCACUAGCACCACGACCAUCACCACCGCCGCAGCUACCACCAGCAUCAACGUCACCGUGGUCGGUGGCAAUCAGAGGGUCGUCCCACCACGCCCCGUCAAGUCGAUCGCCGCGAAGAAAGGGGAGGACACCACGAAGCUGCUCAAGUACAUCGAUGACAACGUCAUCGGCAAGAACGGCACGUUCUUCGGCCCGUUUGGCCGCAGGAAAGUGGUUUAUUGCGACUAUACCGCCUCAGGAAGGUCACUACAGUUCCUUGAAGAUUACAUCGCGAAGGAGGUACUGCCAUGUUUGGGCGACACUCGGGCAUCCACGUCCAUCUGCAGUCUACAAUCAUCUCUUUUCAGGCACGAAGCCCGAGACAUUGUCAGACACGCGGUCGGAGCCGGCGAGCAGGAUGCAGUCCUGUUCACGGGUCAAGGCACCGCCGCCGCCCUUCGAACACUUUUACGACAUCUCGAUCUCUCGAAAUCCACCGUGGUCUUCGUGGGCCCGUUCGAGCAUCACGCCAACCUGAGGCCUUGGCGUGAGCUCGAUGUCAAGAUAGUACGAGUUUCCGAGACCCGGGAGGGCUUCCUAGAUCUGAAUGAUCUCGAACGAGGACUGACUAGAAUGCGGAGCGAGGGCGUUGCGCAAAUGAUUGGAUGCUUCAGCGCUGCCAGUUGCAUAACGGGGGUUUUGGCAGAUGACGUCGCGACGACCCUCCUGCUGCACCAAUACGGCGCGCUUAGUGUGUGGGAUUACACCACUGCAGCGCCGUGUAUUCAGAUCGACAUGAAUCCGAAUUUACCCGGAGUCGGGGAGACCGCGGUGCACAAGGACGCCAUCAUCUUCGCGGGUCACAAGUUCAUCGGGGGCGUGCAAUCGCCUGGUAUACUGGUGACCAAACGGUGGCUCCUGCGAGAGGAUGUCGAGGCAGAGGAUAUGAGAGACUCCCAUCGUUAUCAUCGCGAUCCCGAGCUGCGAGAGGAGAGCGGCACCGCCGGUGUCGUCGAGAGCAUCAGAUGCGGACUGGCGGUGCAGCUGAAGGAGAACGUCACGCCGAGAGCGAUUGUCGCUCGACAGGACAAGAUUUCUAGGCAAGUUUUAUCCCACGUGCGUACAAUCCCGGAAUUGAUUCUACUCGGCAGCUCGUCGCAGAACGUGAAGCGACUGCCCAUCUUCUCUUUCAUGGUACGCCAUCCUCGCGGCACGUUUCUACAUCAUAACUUUGUCUGCGCCGUCCUGAACGACGUCUUCGGUAUUCAAGCACGAGGAGGAUGCGCAUGCGCGGGUCGUUAUGCUCACGAUCUGAUGGGGAUCGACCGGGAACUUGCCAAGGAAUACGAAAGCAUCCUCUUGGAAGAACAACGCAACGGCACCGAGGAGACUACUGCGGAGGGUCUCAGGCCGGGCUUCGCCAGGCUAUCCUUUCCCUAUUUUAUGUCCGAGGCGGAAGUCGCCUUUGUCCUGGAAGCUCUCAAGAUGGUGGCCACCGAGGGUUGGAAAUUGCUGCCGCAAUACGUGCUGAAUCCCGAUACCGGCGAAUGGCGGCAUCACACCAACAGCGUCUUCAAGGAACGCAAGUGGUUGGGCUCGAUCAGAUACACGGAUGGCAAAAUGAGCGCAACGGAGAGGCGAGUUUCCGGUUCCGGCGUCUUCCCGCAGACUUACGGCGAUUGCCUUCAAACCGCCCGCAACAUCUUCAACCGCGCGCGUAAAAUGGCGCAGCGAUAUCCGCUCCAGAUCGACAAGAGUUUCAAUUUCGUCUGCCAGCGUAUGGAAGCGUUACGUUGGUUUAUGCUGCCGAGCGAAGCGCAGGAUCUCCUUUUGGGAAAUUCGCAGAACGUCAAACAGGACGUACCGUUCAAUCCAUUGUUAGCCUGGAACAGGUACAGCCGCACGAAUGCCAUCACGUGCCACGAUAGUCUGGUGAACUGUCUGACGCUGACCAACGGAAUUAGACGGCUCAACAGUGACAUUCCGCGUACGGGUAAUAUGCUCCUCUCAUCAACUUCGCCGAGACAUCGUAGUCUACCUGCGCUGAGCACAGUUAGGCGAGCCAUGAUCGCGACCACGAUCGAGCUGAGUCAGCCGUCGUCAUCGAGCAACAGCGAAGAGGAGAGUCCGAAUCCAAAUGAACACGGCACUUUCUUCGGUGGACAACGAUCACCCGCCACGUGUCCGAAUUCACCGAUGCCAGUCAGAUUUGCGGUGGGCGAGGCCGUGACCACUUUGGGAUCGAUAUCUCGCACAGCUGUUCGACCUACGAAGGAGCAGAGGGAAUUGAUAGAUGCGAACAACGCCGGACGCGCUAGAUGCAAUUCUUUGGGAAGUACCACCGAUGGAUGCAACGUUCCAGGAAAUCGCGUCGGUACCACAUCGGCGUCUUCGCCGAUUCCGCCGCUUCCCUUGAGCCCGCAGACUCUGACUAGUUUGGGACUGAGUACAACAAACGGUUCGUCGAGGCAGAGACGUCUUCACUGCAGCUGCAGCAGUCAAACGGAAUUGAACUCACUGGAAUUGGAUUCCGCCGCCAGCCCGAGUCAUUCGAUUUCCUCCUUGAGCUAUAAUCAUAAUCCGGCGUCACCACCAUCUUCAUAUUCGUCGACCAGUGAUUAUACCGAGAGAUUGGUUGGCGGUGGUAGAUCAUCACCGAUCUCCACGAGUACGAGCCAGAGAUCCGAGGAUGAUCUGAGUGCAUAUGUAAAGGAAAUGACCAAGGAACUAGCGACGGAAAUAAAAUCGGAGAUUCGGGAAGUUAUCUCUAAAGUCGAUGACGCUCUGUCGGAGACGAAUACAUCCGAAAACACACCGCAACAUCAUUCACGAGCUCACAGCAUGAUUAAUCAAACAUUUGUGGAGGAUAAGCAGCAAUUGAGGCAUGACUCGUUCACAGCCAGUGACAUCGCCGAAUACUUGAUGGAAUUUUCGAAAGAAAUGGCUAGCGAAGUGAAAUCCGAGAUAAGGUGCAUGGUGAACGCCGUUGAUGGACUUCACAGGUAUUCGCCUGAUGCUUCCACUUCCGACGUUUCCUCAAACGGAUGCGGUUCACCCGAUCGAGGAAGAAUUGUACUUACAUCUUCGGCAUCCCCGCGUCUUUCGAGCUCGAGAAAAAACGGUCAGAUCGAGAUCACCAGCAAGGUCGGCGAAUUAUCGCAGCAGGAAAGCAAGAUGUCUAGUGAAUGUUCUUCGGACGAGACAGUCAUCUAUGUGAUGAAGCCAUCCGAAAACGAGCAGAUAGUGCGCAAUCGCUCGAAGACGGAGGACGAGGAAGUGGAUGUGGAUGAUUAUGUGGAUGAUGAUACACAAGAAGGACGUGGCGGUCUGGACAUCGGCGAUACCCGGAAGAUCCUACCGAAGAUCUAUUCGGCUGUGAACUCGGUCAGUUCUCAAGACAGUGGUAUAAACCUGUCCUUUCACGAGAGCGACAAAUCGAUAGACUCGCUAGAUCUAAAACGAAGCAGCAGCGCUGAAUCCAACUCCGCCAACAAUCACGGACGAAAGCCUAGGACGACGUCGAUGAUGAGUUUAUCGACUAAGAGUGGCAGCAAGCAACAAGCGCGUCAAAAUGACAAUCUCUCGGAAGAUGAGGAAUGCACGGGUGAUCUGAGAGAGGAAGAAGGCGAUGGUCAGGAGAAAAAUUUCGAGGACGACUCAAGACUCGAAUUUCCGCGAACUCAGUGGCACUGUCCACCGAAAAAUGUUUGGAAACCUUCGGUGGAGGCAAUGCAGGAAUUCGAUAUGAUUCGGGACACCGACAGAGUUCUAGUUUGUCUAUCAGCGAAUGGCAAAGACUCACUGUCUCUUCUGCAUACUCUGCAUCAGUACAGAUUUUACGCCAAAUCGAAGGGGAUUGACUUUGAGAUUGGUGCGGCUACUAUUGACACGGGUGGUUCUGAUCCCUUGGAAAUGAUGAGUUAUCUAAAAGCCCUGGACGUCCCUUAUUUCUAUGAGGAACAGGUGACAGAUUCGACUAAUGCUAACGUUGACAACCCGUUGGACGCCAGCAUCGCCAGCGGCACUUGCAGUUUCUGCAACAGAUCGGUCAGGACGCAAUUGUAUUCUUUGGCGAAACGCAACGGAUAUAACGUGUUGGCGCUCGGUCAACACUUGGACGAUCUCACGGAGAGUUUUCUCAUCUCGGUAUUACACGGUGGUGUGUUGAGAACCAUGAAGGCUCAUUACUACAUACGUCGAGAGGAUCUUAGGGUCAUCCGACCGUUUAUCUACGUGCGGGAGAAGGCGUUAAGACAGUUUGCUGAAAGCAAAAAGCUUCCGAUCUCGCGGGAUUUAAAAACAUUGUCUGAGAAACAAAAUAGAAGAAAGGAGUUGAUGCUUCAGCAGGAACGCGCGUAUCCCCGACUACAUUGGUCCGUGCGCACGGCUUUACGACCUUUGAUAACCGCUCACGGCCAAAUCACUGCUUUUGAUUUGACCUGCGGCGGAAACGGCGGCAACGACAUCGUCAACAGUCCAAAUAGCAGCACUAGCAGCAGCAUAAGUAGCACCUGUAGCAGCACAAGCGGCGGCGGUAACAGCAACGGCAGCAAUAGCAGCAAUCAGCAACAGAAGCGACAUCGGAGAAGCAAAAAUAAUUCCGUGGCGACUACCUCCUCGUCUCAGCAGACGACCGACGAGAACGACGAGACCGACGAGGAGCCCGUGCUUUGAGGCGGGCCUGUCGCGAGAUGGGAUCCCGAUCGUCGCACGGUCUCAUCCUCGCGUCCCCGUCGCAGGUGUCCGACGUCGACGUUCGCCCUCGUUCGAAGAAGACGAUUGCGCUUCGCAGCCGCGGUGGCUGCCGCCAAAGCCAACGAUCAAAGAUGCGUCGAGCAUGGCAACUGAGGCGUGAUGGGGAAGGAGAAGCAUUUAAACGCAGCAAUUUCGCAAAGAAAAUUUGAAGACUAUUGUCCACUGAAAUAUUAUUCGCGUGUGUAAUCCUUGCUCGUCGCGCGAAAAUGAAUCGUUGAAAAGUGAAAAAUCAUUAUAGUGCGAACAACCGUCUUAUUUACUCGAGAGAAAUGAUUUUGUCAAGAACGAUAUGAUCUCGGAUACGAAGAAGUUGCUUUCCGCAAUUGAAUGGACGUUUUUUCGAAGAAAUAGAGGAAAAAAGAAAUGCGGUCGGCAGAAUGUUACUUAAUUGACGGAUAAUGUAAGGACUAUGUAAGCAUAUGUCCUCUUUUGUGUUUACGAUGAAAAAAACUUGCUUGCUUACGGAUAGUUAAGCGUGUCGGCAGCUGAUUAGCUGCUUUACACGGAGAUACGAUGCAAUGAUAAUCGAUCGAUGAACCGAUAAGGGACGGGAUAAUCGACGUUAUAUCAUGUUCACAUCGACACGGGACGAUAAAUAGGUCGUCGCGUAUUAAGGGACGCGAUACGCUUGAGAGACGCGAUAAGCGAUAGCUGCUUAAUAUUGAGACAGAUAUUAUGUGUUAUGUAUCUUAUAUAGAGAAGAAGUCAUGCAGCAGGGAGACCUAGAAAUAGUUUCGUGAGAAGGCCAAAACCUCGACCGAUCUCGCGAAAAAAAAAAGAUCGUUCCACGACACUAUUAUAUCUUUUUUAUAUACAUAUACAUCAUUUUUUAUUUGAUAUGUCGCCGCCUUUUGUGUGUGUGGCAUCGCUCUAAUAAUUAAUAAUUAAUUGGGAUCAUUAAGAUCUUGAAGAUCGAGAGAAGUUUUGUGAGUUGAUCAGCUCCUUUGAUCCUUUUUGAUAUCUUUUUCUAAUGCGCGUUUUUUGAAUACGGUAUAUUUCAACUUUUUCGACGAUACGACUUGACUUGAUGGGCGUCAUUUUUUUGCGGUCAAAAAAAUGCGUCCCUCGGAUGAUCUGUCGAGAAAAUUCUGUCGGUUCACGGAACGUCAUUUCAGAUGAAUUGGAUGCGAUAUCGUAUUUGUUGAAUCGGUUAGUCCUAACUUUCGACUAGCUCGAUCAAAUUUUGUUGUCGAGAUAGAGAUGCGAAAGGACCACGUCGAGAGGUUUUGACGAAUUCUCACCUGCAUGAACUUCGAAAAAAGAGACCCAGGUAGCAAGUGAAUGAUGUCAUUAAACGUCAAAAUGACGUCAUUUUGCUACUUGGAGAGGCACUCAUGCACGCACGUGAUGCGUAAGACUUUAACGUAUACGCUUCUCGCGAAUAAAACGUAUUAAGACAUUGGAGAUCGUCUAAAUAUAUUUCCAAAUAAUAAAAAAAAUUUGUUAAGACGUGUACUGAAAUAUGGUGACAAUUAAGAAACGUUACAAUGUCUUACUUUCUACGUGAUUUGGAUAAUGCGAUAAAUAUGAGAAGCUUGUAAAUAAAAUUAAUUUAAGAGUUUGUUAGAAGAGACAAGUUUUUUGUAUCUAUCGGAUAUAAAUAUCUCAAUGUGGCGAUCUCCAAUGUUUUAGUACUGUGCAAAAACGAAGGCUUUUUCUUCUUAACUGGCAUCACCGACAACACGAUGACACAAUAAAAACUGCGCUUCUUUUUCAAUGUAAGUUUGUUUAUCCGUGAUGCAGCCCCAUCUCCGCUGUGAUCGAUAAGUUAAGUUUCGAUACAAAAAAAAGACGGCAAAUGAUGAACGAGUUGCAAAUAAGAGUCUGGAUAUAUCGGCGGUUUCUUGAAAAAUGUAAUAACUUGAUAGAUCGUUGCAUGUUACACUUCGAUGGAAUUGAUGAAAAAUAUCAAUCAAGUAGAGUAAAAUGCUAAAUUUUCGCGAAAAAUUAAAUUGAAUUUUGAUCGAAGAUGUAUCAAAUUAUUCUAAUGUUUCGUCUAACGAUAACAAAGACUCGAACACGAUUGUAUCAACAAUUCGGGAAUCAAUUAAUGUUGAAUAAAUGAUUCCCAAUUCUAAAUCAUAGAGACCUGUCUAUUAGAUAGACAAAGCGAUAAAAUUCGCGCAAUAAAAUGCAUGUUGUAUAAGAAAAGAUUCCCAUGGGAAUUAUUUAGGAAUGGAAACGAUUAAAAUCGACAGGUAUAAUGGACAGAAGAUGAAUGAUGUUACGUUGGAAGGGAAGCGCAUGUAAUUUGGACCAUGUAAAUGUCAGUUAAUAGAGAAUCAGCCGGAUGGCAUAAGAAAACUUAAGAAGAUAGUCCGAAAAAAACUAAUAUCAAGAUUUGAAAAAGGACGUCUCCGAUAAUAUUAUAUAUAUAUAAUUCAUAAGCCGAUAGGCACCAAUCGAUUAUGAUACUUAUAGCAGCAGUGGUCUUAUGUUGUUCACUUCUCUCAUGUUCGGCUGUUGUAAACGCUCGCUAAUUGUUAGGACUAUAAGUAAGACUUAAGACUUGUACGUAGAGAUCGCAUGUACAACAACGUGUACGCAAUGUAGACGAUGAUCGUAUAAAAAUAAUACGUACGUACCGUUUGUGUCGUACUCAGUUUUUUAAGGCGUUCGUUCAUUCGUUUGUUCGUUCGUUCAUUUAUUCAUUCGUUCAUCGUUGAAUCGAAGAUGAUAAAAGGCGGAAUUAACAACCAAAUGCGACAAGUGAAAAGGAAGUCUUGAUCUAUAAUGAAUCAUUGCGAAUAGAUAUUCUCAUAUUUUCCGAGAGUUACGAAAGGGACAUUGUUACUGUAAAGAUAUGUAAGUUUAUUUAUCGCUAAUAAAAAUGAACGUUUAAGAAAAAAAUA